AUGGGUGGUUAUGUUGGUGCUUCAAAUGACCGCAGUCGUGGUAAGCAAGCCACUGCAAGUUUGUUGCCUCCAACUGUUUCCUCCAUUGCAAUAGAGCAACCUCCAUCUCAUUCCAUUAGAGUCCUUUCGACCGUGUCCACAUUCCGUUUCAAUACACUUCCACGGUGCUCUACAGCCUCUCGCGCCGAAGUUGCUGCCACAAGACUCCUGUCCGCACCUUCUGCUGCUGCAGGCUGCUACAUCGACAGUAUUAGCUCCGGCUACCCUAACUUGAGCCUCACCUCCCCCCUCUCCUGUCUUUCGUUCUCCGAUCUACUCUCAAACCUUCGCCACUCACGUCACAGCCAAUCGUGA